AUGACUCCAAAUGCCCGCGACGAGGGACAUAUAAAGGACGAGGCCUGCGAACUUCUGAUCGCUCCUCAGGCCUCGCCGAUAAAAUACGAGGCCUCCUACAUUAAUAUAGCCAUGUUCGCAUAUUUCCACGUGGCCAGCGUUUAUGGGAUAUACCUGGCGAUUACUGAAGCGAAGUGGGCGACUAUAUUAUUAACAAUCAUUCUCUACGGAGCUGCCACACUCGGAACGACAGCCGGCGCUCACCGCCUCUGGGCCCACAGAACCUACAAGGCCACCCUCCCUCUCCAGAUACUCCUGAUGCUGCUCCAAUGCUUCGCCUGUCAGUACUCCAUCUUCCACUGGGCUAGAGACCAUAGACUCCAUCAUAAGUUCUCUGACACGGACGGAGACCCUCAUAACGCGACUAGGGGAUUCUUCUUUUCGCAUAUUGGGUGGUUGCUGGUUAAAAAGCAUCCGGAAGCAAAGAAGAGGAUGAGGAUGCUUGAUGUGUCGGAUCUUAAGGCGAAUAAGGUGGUGAUGUUUCAGAAAAAAUAUUCAACCCCAUUCAUCGGCACAAUCUGCUUCAUCUUACCAACCCUCUUCGCCAUGUACUUCUGGAACGAGACCUUCGCUUCAGCAUGGCACCUGACCAUCCUCCGAGUGUUAUUAUCCCUCCACGCCACAUUCCUGGUCAACAGCGCAGCCCACGCCUUUGGGAACAAACCUUACGACAAAAACAUCACUCCUUCUCAGAACAUCUCAGUGUCUUUAGCAACUUUAGGGGAAGGAUACCACAAUUACCAUCACGUUUUCCCCUGGGAUUAUAGAGCUGCAGAACUGGGUAAUAAUGCUCUAAACUUUACUACACUUUUCAUAGAUUUUUUCGCCUGGCUUGGGUGGGCGUACGACUUGAAAGCUGUUGGAAAUGAAGUCAUAGCUAAGAGGGUAGAGAGAACUGGGGAUGGGACCAAUCUUUGGGGAUGGGGAGAUAAGGAUAUGCCUAAGGAACACGAGGAGAUUGCUAAAGUGUUGUGCAAAGGACAUUAAAGGUUUA